AUGGAGAAAGGGAUAGGAGAUAUUAUCCUGGCGAAUCAGGAGGAUACUACAGCGAUACGGAUGACGAGAGCGGGUGGUAGGGAGGAGUAUGAGGUGCGGGACCCAACCAAGAGUUUCGUUGAGAAUGAGAACAAGUGGAUAAUGAUAUGUAUUAUCUCGGGCGAACUCAGGCGAGCCAUUCCACGUGAGGACAACCGGCUGGUACUCGAAGCGACUCCGCGUCGUAUGCGAGAGACAGCACGCGCUGAUCCAAAGGUAUUACAAAGCUGGGCUGGGAAAGCGCGUCUACACGACCGGAUGCGAGACGCGGAGGUGGCAGGGUCAUCAAAAUCAGCAAUGUCAGCGACCAUCGCCCUUGGCCCGUCUUCGGGGCCUUUCUCUCCUCCAAGACAUCGUGAGCUCCCCAGCAACCACCCAUUUUCAAUAGGGGGAAACCGCAGGCUAACUCAAAAACCCAGCCCAUACAAUGCUAACGAAAAGAGCGCCGAAUUUUACGUCCGCACGCCGCAAGAGUCCGACUUGCCCUUGCAGUGCGCCCAGGAAAUCCUGUCCCUCUUCCUCCUCAGCGUUGCUUCCAAAGUCCAGAGCGUUGGCGGUAAAACAUGGCGGGCGGCGGGCUCGGAUCCUAGUGAAGAAAAGGACAGCGAGCCGCGGACGUGGUUGAACUCGACUUUUGAAAAGCUCGCCAGGGGCGUGGAGAUGGCAGGGCUGGCCCCACAACAUUACGGAGGCCUACACACUCGUCACCCCGGCUUUUAA